GCGGCGGCCGGCGCCUGCGAAUUUGGGAUCCGCCUGGGAGGGACCGCUUCCUUGGGGAAAUGGAUUCUGUACCGCAGCUGACCAGCGUUUUCACUUUGCUGCUCUCCGGCUUGUGGCAUGUGGGAUUAACGGCGACAAAUUACAAUUGUGAUGACCCGUUAGCAUCCCUGCUCUCUCCAAUGGCUUUUUCCAGUUCCUCAGACCUCACUGGUACUCACAGCCCAGCUCAACUCAACCGAAGAGUUGGAACUGGUGGUUGGUCCCCAGCAGAUUCCAAUGCUCAACAGUGGCUCCAGAUGGACCUGGGAAACAGAGUGGAGAUUACAGCAGUGGCCACGCAGGGCAGAUAUGGAAGCUCUGACUGGGUGACGAGUUAUAGCCUGAUGUUCAGUGACACAGGACGCAACUGGAAACAGUACAAGCAAGAAGACAGCAUCUGGACCUUUGCAGGAAACAUGAAUGCUGACAGCGUGAUGCACCACAAGUUGCUGCACUCAGUGAGAGCCCGCUUCGUUCGCUUUGUACCCCUAGAAUGGAACCCGAGUGGGAAGAUUGGCAUGAGGGUAGAGGUCUACGGAUGCUCCUAUAAAUCAGAUGUUGCUGACUUUGAUGGCCGAAGCUCCCUUCUGUAUAGGUUCAAUCAGAAGCUGAUGAGCACUCUCAAAGACGUGAUCUCUCUGAAAUUCAAGAGCAUGCAAGGAGAUGGGGUCCUGUUCCAUGGAGAAGGUCAACGUGGAGACCACAUCACUCUCGAGCUCCAGAAGGGGAGGCUCGCCCUGCACCUCAACUUGGAUGACAGCAAACCUCGGCUAAGCAGCAGCCCACCCUCGGCCACCCUGGGCAGCCUGUUGGACGACCAGCACUGGCACUCGGUCCUCAUCGAGCGGGUUGGCAAGCAGGUGAACUUCACCGUGGACAAGCACACGCAGCAUUUCCGCACCAAGGGUGAAGCCGAUGCCCUAGACAUUGACUAUGAGCUUAGUUUUGGAGGAAUUCCAGUACCAGGCAAACCUGGGACCUUUUUAAAGAAAAACUUCCAUGGAUGUAUUGAAAACCUUUACUACAAUGGAGUAAACAUAAUUGACUUGGCUAAAAGACGCAAGCAUCAGAUCUACACGGUGGGCAAUGUCACUUUUUCCUGCUCCGAACCACAAAUUGUUCCCAUCACAUUUGUCAACUCCAGCAGCAGUUAUCUGCUGCUGCCCGGCACCCCCCAAAUUGAUGGGCUUUCAGUGAGUUUCCAGUUUCGAACAUGGAACAGGAAUGGUCUGCUUCUGUCCACAGAGCUGUCUGAGGGCUCGGGGACCCUGCUGCUGAGCCUGGAGGGCGGAACCGUGAGACUCGUGAUUCAGAAAACGACGGAGCGCACAGCUGAAAUCCUCGCAGGCAGCAACUUGAAUGAUGGCUUGUGGCAUUCAGUCGGCAUCAACGCCAGAAGGGACCGCAUCACUCUUACUCUGGAUAACGCGGCAGCAUCUCCGGCCCAGGACACCACUCGCGUGCAGAUUUAUUCUGGAAAUAGCUACUACUUUGGAGGGUGCCCCGACAAUCUCACCGGUUCCCAAUGUUUAAAUCCCAUUAAGGCUUUCCAAGGCUGCAUGAGGCUCAUCUUUAUUGAUAACCAGCCCAAGGACCUCAUUUCAGUUCAGCAAGGUUCCCUGGGGAAUUUUAGUGAUUUACACAUUGAUCUGUGUAGCAUCAAAGACAGGUGUUUGCCAAACUACUGUGAACAUGGAGGAGGCUGCUCCCAGUCCUGGACCACCUUCUACUGUAACUGCAGUGACACAGGUUACACUGGCGCCACCUGCCAUAACUCCCUCUAUGAGCAAUCCUGCGAGGUAUACAGGCACCAAGGGAACACAGCUGGUUUCUUCUACAUCGACUCCGAUGGCAGCGGGCCGCUGGGACCCCUCCAAGUGUACUGCAACAUCACGGAGGACAAGAUUUGGACCUCGGUGCAGCACAACAACACAGAGCUGACCCAUGUGCGGGGCGCCAGCCCUGAGAAGCCCUAUGCCAUGGCCUUGGAUUAUGGCGGCAGCAUGGAACAGCUGGGAGCCAUGAUUGAUGGCUCUGAGCACUGUGAGCAGGAGGUAGCCUACCACUGCAGAAGGUCCCGCCUGCUCAACACACCAGAUGGAACACCAUUUACCUGGUGGAUUGGGCGGUCUAAUGAAAGGCACCCUUACUGGGGAGGUGCCCCUCCUGGGGUUCAGCAGUGUGAAUGUGGCUUGGAUGAGAGCUGCCUGGACAUUCAACACUUCUGCAAUUGCGAUGCUGACAGGGAUGAAUGGACAAAUGAUACUGGCUUUCUUUCCUUCAAAGACCACUUGCCUGUCACUCAGAUAGUUAUCACUGAUACCAACAGAUCAAACUCAGAAGCUGCUUGGAGAAUUGGUCCCUUGCGUUGCUAUGGUGACUGGCACUUCUGGAAUGCGGUAUCCUUUUACACAGAAGCCUCUUACCUCCACUUUCCUACCUUCCAUGCGGAGUUCAGUGCUGAUAUUUCCUUCUUUUUCAAAACCACGGCUUUAUCAGGAGUUUUCCUAGAAAACCUUGGCAUUAAAGACUUCAUCCGACUUGAAAUAAGCUCUCCUUCGGAGAUCACUUUUGCCAUUGACGUCGGGAACGGCCCCGUAGAGCUCAUAGUUCACUCUCCUUCUCUUCUGAAUGACAACCAAUGGCAUUACGUCCGGGCAGAGAGGAACCUCAAAGAGACUUCACUCCAGGUGGACAACCUCCCAAAGAUGACCAAGGAGACGUCAGAAGAGGGUCAUUUCCGAUUACAGCUCAAUAGUCAGCUCUUUGUAGGGGGAACAUCAUCAAGACAGAAAGGCUUCCUAGGAUGCAUACGCUCGUUACACUUGAAUGGGCAGAAGUUGGACCUGGAAGAGAGAGCGAAGGUCACAUCUGGAGUCCGGCCGGGAUGCCCGGGCCAUUGCAGCACCUACGGUAGCAUCUGCCACAAUGGGGGCAAGUGUGUGGAGAAGUACAGCGGGUACUCGUGCGAUUGUACCAAUUCACCAUAUGAAGGGCCCUUUUGCAGAAAAGAGGUUUCUGCUGUUUUUGAGGCUGGCACUUCAGUUACUUAUAUGUUUCAAGGACCCUACCCAGUGACAAAAAAUACAAGCCUCUCAUCCUCGGCGAUUUACGCAGAUGCGGCUCCAUCCAAGGAAAAUAUUGCAUUUAGCUUUGUGACAGCUCAGGCACCCAGCCUCUUGCUCUACAUCAAUUCGUCUUCUCAGGAUUCCCUGGCUGUGCUGCUCUGCAGGAAUGGAAGCUUACAGGUUCGCUAUCAGCUAAGCAAGGAAGAGACCCAGGUUUUCAAUAUGGAUGCAGAGAAUUUUGCCAAUCGAAGGAUGCACCACUUGAAGAUUAACCGGGAGGGAAGAGAGCUUACCAUUCAGGUAGAUCAGCACCUGCGACUCACCUAUAACUUUUCCCCAGAAGCCGAAUUCAGGGCCAUACGGUCCCUCACCUUGGGCAAAGUCACAGAGCAUCAUGGCUUGGAUUCUGAAGUUGCGAAAGCAAACACCGUGGGUUUUGUCGGAUGCUUGUCUUCAGUCCAGUACAACCAGGUAGCACCCCUGAAGGCAGCCCUGCGUCAUGCCACCAUCGCACCUGUGACUGUCCAAGGGACCCUGACAGAAUCCAGCUGUGGCUCUGUGGUAGAUGCGGACGUGAAUGCCGUGACCACAGUGGACUCUUCAUCAGAUCCCUUUGGGAAGACGGAUGAGCGGGAGCCACUCACCAACGCAGUUCGAAGUGACUCGGCCGUCAUUGGAGGAGUAAUAGCAGUGGUGAUAUUCAUCAUCUUCUCUAUCAUCGGCAUCAUGACCCGGUUCCUUUACCAGCAUAAGCAGUCCCAUCGUACUAACCAGAUGAAGGAGAAGGAAUACCCAGAAAAUUUGGACAGCUCCUUUAGAAAUGACAUUGACUUGCAAAACACAGUGAGCGAGUGUAAACGGGAAUAUUUCAUCUGAAAAACUGCAGGGUCACCUAAUAUUCUUUGGGUUGUUGUUAAAUUUUUUCUCCUUUCUCCAAUCUUUUCAUUUUGGUCAUUCUCCUUUUCUCAUUUGUUUGCCAAUUAUGUUUGGCACACCCUUCUAUCAACCACGGCAUCUAGCCUCUUGACCCAGCCCAGAAGACCAGGCAGCUAUGGCCACUGCCUUCCUUUCUGACAAACGUAUCGUGGUGAUAAUGAUCACUCAACAGACUGACAUUACUCUAGACAAAGAAGAGACACAUGGGUGUACAUGUGCAUAUUUAGUUCUGUAUUUCUAGUUUCUAGGUAAGAUGCACUCUUUAGUUCCACAGCUGUUCAGUCUUGCAUUCAGCCUCAGGCUUAUGUUGAACCUGAGCUCUGAGACUUAGGCAUAUGAUAGUCACCCUUGAUAUCCUCCCCCAUCUCAAGUUCAUUCCUGCCAAGGAACUCAGGGUAGAGAAAGAAUACAAUAAAUGCCUGGUUUGCUUCAGUGGCACUUUCAAAGAAUUAAGAGAGGUUUGUUUUGUGUUGAUUUUCCUUACCAUAGGACGCCCAUUGCCCAAACUCAUUACCCUUUUUCACUUUGAUUCUUCUCCCCUGAGUAUUUCAAAUAUAAAAUUCCUGAUCGUAGUGAGCCAUUCCUUUGCUCCUUCCAUGCCACUCUCUCCUGAGGCCAACACUUUAGAACAGCUCACAAUAGCAUAAGCCUAGGGGAAGCAUGGAAAAUAGUAGCUUAAAACUAGGAGGUAAAAAAGAAAGUAGAUGUUCUAUAACUUCAAAAAUGCCUCUUCCAAUUUUGUAAGAAAUGUUAGCUAGGUUAUUCCUGGGACAAUAAUACUGAGGUAUAUAUAUAUAUACACACACAUAUAUAUAUACACACAUAUAUAUAGGUAUAUAUUAAUAUAUCUAUAUAAGUUGCUGCAGCAUAAAGAAAUUCCAAUAAGGGUCUGAAAUAGUACCUGGUUCCAUGAAAGAGCUUUAAAAACAAAAACAAAAAAUUAAAAAAAAAAACUGCAUGAAAGAAGAGAAAUAUUCAAGCAAGAUUCUUCCCUUCCAUCCACUCACCAAAGAUCUGGUGAGUUAAGUGAAUGCAGGGUUCAUGUUUUCUAGCAGACACAAUGACCCCUGCUCUGGACAUCAAGACAUUUUCUGGGAGGUUCAGGGUGCACUGACUGAUGGGGCAUUACGGUUUGCCGAGCGAACCCUCACUGCUUAGUUUCAGAGGAUCUCUUAGGUUCUACAGUGCAUCACAUUUUAAAGUCAUCUAUACCCCAUGUACAUAAAGACCCCCACACACAUCUUUUUGUAAGUAAAGACUCUCAGAUGAAAUUAUGUGAAGUUUCAGGGUAAAUACCUCUCUUGAAAACAAAGCAUCGAAGAAACAAAGUCAUUCCUUCAAGAAGGAGUCUCAGGCUCAUGCAUGAGGAGGUGGUGAGAAUCCUGAUGAUUUUGUGAUGGCAAUAAGUCUCACUCUUUACCUCUGGGUCAUCUUGGAGAAAAAGAGAAGGGGAAAACAAUAUCAACUCUCUGGUAUGCUGGGAAUGCCAAUAUAAUGAUCCACAGAUGUGGAAAGUACUUGCCAAUUCUCUUUACAAGACAGAUUCGGUCUGGGAAAACAAUUACCACGUUGCAGUUUGCCAGCCUUGACAGUGAGCAGACAUUCCAUCUCGUUCUUAGUGUGUCUAUCGCCUCUGAUUAUUUAAAGGUCCCUGGCGUGGCCAGGCUCACAAUGAGGAACUCAUUAACUCCAUCUCAUUUCAAAUCCAUUUCAGGCUUUUCUUUCAGCGUCUGAGCACAUGGGCAAGGAAUCGGCUUGUAAUCAUAUUUAUCAACUUUAAGAUGUUGUUCUAAAUAUGCAUUCUCUUCUUAAAACCUUCUGCAGAUUCUUAAUUGCAUCAUCAUUAUGUCAUUUUGCUAGUAAAUGUAUUUAAAAUGAUUCCAACGUGAGCAUCUUUUUUUCCCUUUUCUAACUUUUUUUACUAAGAUGAAUGAUCCAUCGAUAAGAGGAAAGAUCUUUAAAUAUUGUUUUCUCCUGCCUUUUCAACUCCUGUUUCCAAUGUUCACUCUUGAAUUGUUGAUUUCCAUAAAAAGGCUGUAUAAGUCGGCCUUUUGCUAAGGUAGAUAGUCCUUUCUCCCCUGAAAUAAAAGUCACCAUGAAGCACAGUAGGUUUAGCCUGAAGUGUCUCCAGUAAUGAGAUGAAAAGGCAAAGGAAGGUGUGAGUAAUAAAACUGGAACCCCUCAUUGUUCAAGUCUCUGCGAAGUGAGGCCUGUAUUUUGCUGACACAGUGCUGAUAGAAGAAAUGGAGAACUAACAAAGGCCGGCUCUGACUAUUUGCUUUCCUCAUCUACUUACAAAUGCUUCUAGGUAGUUCCACAGGGUGAGCAGUCUGUGAAGCUCUCUUCUUGCCACACACCCCACCCCCUGCAGUAUCCACCAGCACGCUCCCCACGCAUAUAGACUAUCUAUCCAUACGCACUACUAGGUGAUACAUAUAUCACAGACUGAAAAACCAACCCCAAGAUUGUGCAAUGAGCACAUCACUCUUGUAAGUAAAGUCUCAGGGCUAAUCCAAAAUUAUUUUUACAGGGUUGGAUUAUUUCAUAACCCCAGAGAACACGGACUUUCACUCGAAGUAUAUGGAAACAAGAAAGUCACUACUUCCAAAGCAAAACACAAUUUUCACUCAGAAAUAAGUGCUAGCUCUGCCUGUCUUUCCUCACUGGUACCAAACCCAUGUAGUUUUGUGCAACUGUCCAAUUGCAUGAGUGUUCCUACUUUUGAGCAAUUAUAAUCUAAAACAAAUCGUCAUUGAAAGCACUCUGCCCCCUCCUUAGCUCCUGUUUUCUGCUUUGGAAAUCAGGUAUCCUGACUCAAGCUCUGAGAGGUGGACAAUCAUAAUCCUCUUCUCGAUAACCCUCGGUCCUUGAUAACUGCAGAUUACAAAAAUAUUUUAUGGAAUGUGGUCACUUCACAGCAAAACCGAAGCACCUGUGAAAUUUCACAUUCUAAGGGGGAUAUUUAAUUGACAUAAUUUCUACCAAGCAAACCUAUUUAUGUAAGCAAUAGUACAUAUGCUUACCGUAAAAACUACUUAACCCCCACUGCAUCAUUAAUCAUGGGUAUAGCUUAGAAUGCCAUGAUCUCUAUGAGAAUUCAUCUAGAGAAUUAGACAUUUGUCACUUCCCUAGAUAUAUGUUUAUGGAUAGCUUAGCCUUUCUUCUGUUCAGUCUCAACAGCAUAUGGGAGAUUUCUGGGACUGAUUUUUUUAAAAGAGUUUCUGUCCUCUUUGGUAAUAAGACACGGCGCUAAACCUUUUGUUAGCCGCAUGACCAUCACAGGGUAGCAGGAGCAAGAUCCGAACGAAAGAAAUAGAGUGUUCCCUUCCCUUAUUCAUCAUGAAGUAUAUACUGAAUGCCCAGUACCCCAAUGGUUGAACUAGACAUUGGCUUUACAAAUAUAAAUUUUACCUUGCUCUUGCUCUUAGAGGAGCUCACAGUCUAUCAGGGCAAGAACAAGGUAUACUUGUCACAAGGGUAUGCAGAGAGGGUUAUGGAAGGUAGCUCAGAGAUCCUGCAUGAUUAUUUUUGCAAAGCCUUUGCUAGAGACUUAAGCAGAUAACUUUCUGGAAAAUAUUCAUAAUUUUUUCUUGUAUAUUCCACUUUCAAUAAGCUGCUUUGUUUCUCCUCUACAAAGCAAAUAUCUAUCCAUGCAGAUAGAUAGAGUUAAUUGAUGGAUUAAUUCUUUAGGAACAAAGAGAAAAGAUGAUCUUUGUCUCUAAAGUACUUUGGGGAAGGCCUGAUUCUCUCCAUUCUUGCUUCAUUUCUGGCUGAGGGAUUCUGAAACCCCUUCCUAUCAGUCGGACCUAAGUGAUGGCUUGGGGACCUUCUGUGGGGGAGGGACAGCAAUCUCCAUUCCCACUCCCCUCCUCCUCUUGUAUCAGUUCCUUUAAGGCCAUGGAGUUAUGACCAUUUGCUCUUCCAAAUGCCCCUUAAGGUGUUUGUUGUCCUUUCAGCCCUCUGAAAACCCUUCUUUGUCCCCACAACCCAUUUGACUACUUAGAAAGAUCUCUGAGAAUGAGAUGAAGUAGCUUCAAGUAAAUAACUGAUUAAAAAUUGUUGUCCAUCUAACUGAGGUCUCACCUCUGUGUACUGGGUGAGUUUUUCCUAUCUUGAAAGUCACAUCUGUCUCUUCUCCACAGCAAGCUCAUUCACUUAGCAGAGCCACACUGGGAGGCUACAAACAGAGUGCCUCCUCCAAGACAUUCAGGGAAAUAGAAAUCAGGCUGUUGAAAUCUUUCUUACAAAAAGCCUUGACAGUUUGUCCGCCAACCUGCCCUGGCUUCCUCUGAAUUCCCCCAAAGCUGCAAUCCAUCAAAUCCACAUUGUAACCCCGGCCUGCCAAGAGGAAUUUGAGGCAGUGUGUAGCUCUGCUCCUCAUUUUCCCUUAACCUAAAGGCUUUGACAUCCUUAGGCUUCAGUUGUCCUACAGGUCACAAGUGUGCCAAGUAAAUAAAGAGGUUUCCUUGUUUCUGCAAAUGUGAAAGUGGUUAAUGGAAGAAGGUGUAAGCAAACCCCAAACUUUCAGAAUACAUGGAGAGUAACUGAGUGCUGUUUCAUGUCUCUCAUGCACUUUGAAAAUGUUUUCUUUAAAAGAUAUGUAGUGUAAUUGAAUUACUUCCACACACUGUUCUUGGUUCGUUCUCAGCCCGUCCUCCAUACUCACCCACACUGGUGUUGGGCCAGCUAGUUUGCAGAUUUGGGUCCCCAGUUUUCAUCUUUUAUCUCAAAUCCCUAAUAGUUGAACCUCUUGGAGGAAAAAAGUGUAAGCAGACACAUACACAAAGACGUUGUAAAAUAGGGCUGUUGUUAGUCAGGCUUUCUCCAGGACAUACACGAUUCUCCAGUAGGGAUAAACACAUUUUCUCUUGCAUUGGCAGUUAUUUGAAACCUUUGUAUAAGGUUUUGAUACUGAACUCUUGCUAUUUUUGAGUGAUUUUUCUCUUAUUUUGCACUAAGGAGCUCUGAGGAGGAACAGAAAAGCACAUUGUUUCUCUUUUAGUGAAAUAUUGUAUUUUGUCAGUUAGUUGUCUGUCUUUUGUGAUGCUUAUAGACUAUAAAGUGGCUGAGUAGACAUGAUCAAGGAAGAAGGCAAAGCUUGGUGUUGGUAUUUUGACCACACCGGCUGAGAGCAUGUUGAGGAGGAAGAGGGGAUCUGUGGUAACAAUUGGUGGCCAUCUCAGGUGAGGAGGGUCAUUGCUCCCACCACGGAUCAGGGGCAGCAGCUCUUCCUGCUUUCUUGGCUCCUAAACCAGGAGUCCCUUCAGUGCAUUUGGAUCAUCAUCUUACACAUCAGGAAAAAAGGCAAUAUCAUGGGCUUUGCAUGACAAAUCCAUUUCCAACUUUGGCAUGACAUUUUUUUUAUCCUUCUCAGCCACAUCUCCUACCCCACCCCUACCCCCAAUAUUUUUAUUUCACCAAGAUUUUCAUUGUAUGCUAUCACCACAAUGACCUAACCUGCCCAGGCUGAACAUCCAGAUACAAUUAUGAAAGCAAGAAAGUAUCAAAACAACUCUUCAAACCCACUAUCCCAAUCAAAAGCCCCAUGGGUGGGAUGGUUGAGGUCCUGAAAUCAGUCUUGUGGUCCUUAUUUCCCCUUGAUUGGUCCUGCCAUCCAUAGGCAUGCCACACUGUAAGAUGAGAUGAUUCUGUCCAUCCCCAACAACAAAUAUCUAGCCCUAUUUGGAAACACUGGCUUUCUCAGUCCUGACCAGUGACACAGUAUCCAGAAUAAAAUUAGGAGAACUCUCCAUGACCAAAGGUGAAUCUGAUUGUUUUGGUAAUUAAAUCUUGGUCUUGUUUUUGUUCACAUCAUGUUCUUACAUGCCUCAGAAGGCAGCAGUAGCUUCAGAAAACAUGCAAAAGGUUCUGGGCAUGCAAGAGGAGCAUUGUAUUACCCUGGAGAUUCUUUGGAAGGCCCAUAAGUAGAAACUUCCAGUGAAACUUUAAGGGAUGAUACUUAUAGGCAUCUGCCUAGUCAUACUUUUCUGUUAUAGUCAGCCUCAUCCCCAAGGCUUUACAUGAAAUAUUAACAUGAAUGGCAGUGUCAACCAGUGCAACCUUGCCCUGCCUUAAAUACUCAUGCAAAAAAUACCAAACCUUGCUUUAAAGCAGCCUAGUUAUAGUGUGAGAGGGACUUUCGUUUAGUGAGGUCUAACACCAAGACUUUUCUCCUUCUGAAGCCAGCAGUUGACAGUCCUCCUGAUAUCGUGUGUUGUCACUUCCCUCAGUCAACUGGAAGAGGCAAAAAAAAAAAAAGGUGCAGGGUUGUUACUGGGAAUAAAAGGGCAGUCUGAGGAGGAAUGAGGAGUCUGCCUCUAGGAUUUGAUAGGCAAGGAGUCAGCAAACGUUUUCUGUAAAGGGCUGGAUGGUUUAAUUUAGGUUCUGCAAGCCAGACACUCUGAAAGUUGCAAAUACUCACUUCUGCUGCUGUAGCAGGAAGCAGGCCAUAUAUGAACAAAGGGGCAUAGCUGUGUUCCAAUAAAGCUUUAUUUAUGAAACAGAUAAUGGGUAAAAUUUGGCCUAUGGACUGCAGCUUGCUGAUCUCUAUGAUUGACCAUUGCCAUGUCCAUCUCAGAUGGGGAAAUCAGUCUCUCUCUGGCAGGCAGUGGUCCUCUUUUUUGAGGAAUGAGAUACAGUGGGGAGAUUAUUUUUAACAAGUAAACAAUAAAUGCAAAAUAACAUCUCUCCCCCCCCAAAAAAAACUAUAUGUCAGACUUUCUGUUAUGGCAAAAGCACAAAACAGGUCACCUCUCUUUGUAGAUCUUCCAGAGUCUAGCUUUUUCCUUUGGAUCUUCUCAUUUUUGUUCCUAAAACUGAAUCUCAAGUGACGUUGCCUCGUUCCAAGUCAGUUUUGUAGACCAUGUAACAUGUCUUAAUACACUGUAUGGGGAAAAAUUAAAAGUUAGCCUUAGAUUUCUUUGUUUUCUAUGGUUACUGUUGUACAGAAGAAAGACUUAAACUGUAAAUAAUGUAUAUUUAAUAAAGAGAGAAUUUUGUAUGA